UUCCCUACCUCUCUUUCAAGCAAGUUGACUUCUUUAACAGUGGCCACACAUUCCAAAUCGUAGGCUGGGGCCAAGGUCGUUAUGGCUUAGAAUCUCGAAAACCCGAUGCGCCGGGACACCGUCACCGUUCCGCCAUUUAACCACGUCGUAUUGCGCUUCGCUACUGAUAACCCAGGAGUCUGGGCUCUGCAUUGCCAUGUCGCGUGGCAUGUUGAAGGCGGCAUGUUCCUCUCCAUAGCUGAACGGCCUUCCGACCUCGUCGAACUGGUCGACAAGAUGGACUCAGACGUAAGACAGCAGAGCCGAAAUUUCUGCGGCGCGGGUAGCUUUUGAUAGUAGAGUCAAGGUUGAAUCGCAUUCAUGACAGCACAUAGAGUAGAAUAUCAUUUGUACAUAAUAAUAAUCAUUUAACAAAA